UUGCAAAUCGUUUGUGUUUUGUGUAAUGUUUUGUCAGUUAUUGUAAUUCACUUCAAAUUGCCUUUAAUUUCGCCAUUUAUUCAAUUAAUUAACUAUUAUUUGAUAUAAUAAUUGCAUUUAACUUAACAUUCAGUCAAUUGUCGUCUUUUAUUAAUAGUUUUGUUUUCAGGUAAUGAUAAACUGAUGGUAACUCCGAUGAGCGGACACAACGCCGGCGAACCCGAGGCCUGGGCUAAAGCCAGACAAUCGUUAGCUCAGGUGACACCACAUCGGGUGCCCACUCCGGAGGUGACGCCCCAAACGCCUCUCUAUUACAACUCAUGGCCACAAUCUUCGCCCUACGGCACUCAAUACGGAAACAAUUAUUACAGCUUUAAUUCAUCGGUUGCUGUCAAUCAAUGGCCGCAACCAUCGGUCGUAAACCCAGGUUUCGUCGGCACUGCAGAAGUGAAGCCUAAUUAUGGAUCCAAUGGUCGAAUUGCGUCCGAAAACAGCAAUUCUGCCAUCAGUUCCGCUAUAAGCUUAAAAGCCAACAACUCUUCAAUGAGUCCCAUAACCCCUCUUACCUCUGCAGCCAAUAGUAAAGUCAGUGACAACAAUAGCCAACAAGCAGUUAGUAUAGAGUCUUCGUCGCAAAUGAGUGGACCGCUGAACCCGAGCAACACUGGCAUCCGUUUCCAACUGAACAAACCGGCGCCCAAUAUAGUUAAUAAACCAAUUAAUAACUCAUUCGUUAGUAAACCUCAAACUAAAGAACCAAACAAUGAAUUCCCAAAUAAAAGAUACGAUCAGAAGAAUAGCAAUGGAAACAAAAGCGAGAGUUCGGCGGAAACACCUCAGGAUCAGUGGCCCGAGAGUCUGAAGGAGUACGUGAACAGAGCCUUCUCUGCCUGUAUUAACGAAUUAGAUAAGGAUAGGAUUGAGAUAAUCCUGAAGGGAAAGCUGACCAAAGCCCACCACGAGGGCGCCCUCUUUACCAAAGACUGGAACGCAGAACCUCUGCCCCAACUCUCCUCUCCCAACAGUAAGAGUGUUUUCAAUGACAGACCAGUGUCUCAAUCGAUGUCAGAAAAGGAUAGGAUUAAUAGAAAUAAGGAAUUUGACCGCAAAAGAAGGCCUUUGAGUAGAAGUCGGUCGCGAUCCACAUCCAGAUCACCCGACUUUUAUGAUUGCCAUUCGCUUUCACCUAACGAUCGAAACCGCGAUAAAAGGAAAAAGACUAAGAAAUCGUUUGAAAGGCCCGAGAGUCUGAAGGAGUACGUGAACAGAGCCUUCUCUGCCUGCAUUAACGAAUUAGAUAAGGAUAGGAUUGAGAUAAUCCUGAAGGGAAAGCUGACCAAAGCCCACCACGAGGGCGCCCUCUUCACCAAAGACUGGAACGCCGAACCUCUGCCCCAACUCUCCUCUCCCAACAGUAAGAGUGUUUUCAAUGACAGACCAGUGUCUCAAUCGAUGUCAGAAAAGGAUAGAAUUAAUAGAAAUAAGGAUUUUGACCGCAAAAGAAGGCCUUUGAGUAGAAGUCGGUCGCGAUCCACAUCCAGAUCUCCCGACUUUUAUGAUUGCCAUUCGCUUUCACCUAACGAUCGAAACCGCGAUAAAAGGAAAAAGACUAAGAAAUCGUUUGAAAGCAAUAAUGCCAGAACUUCAGCCGAAUUGAGUCCGAACUCGGAUUUUAUUCCGUUUAAUAAUAAACAACAGAAUAGAGGAAAAGCAGAGAUUUUUACAAUUGAGUCGAACUCCAAAAAGAAACGCAAAAAUAGAAACCGAAAGAAAAAUAAUAUGAAUAAUAAUACGUUUGAAUCAAAUGAGCCGAUAAUGCAAAUGAAUAUAAGUCCCGAACGUAUGGCUCAACGGAAGGCUCGCUUUGUGGAGAUUCAGCCCAAAAAGAGUUAUUCCGAUUCAAACACUUCAUACCCUUUAGCUAACAAUAUGACAGAUGAGAUGACAUUUGAUUUUAACAGUGCUAUUGUCGGCACAUGUCUUGAUUUAGAGAAACAGUAUCUUAGGCUUACAUCAGCUCCCGAUCCCUCCACUGUUAGGCCCAUUCAUGUUCUCAAACGCUCUCUAGAAAUGGCUAAAAAUCAUUGGAAGAAAAACCAAGACUACAGAUACGCCUGCGAACAGAUGAAGUCCAUCCGACAAGACAUCACUGUUCAGUGCAUUAGAGACUCGUUUACAAUUGAUGUCUACGAAACUCACGCCAGAAUUGCAUUGGAAAAGGGCGAUCGGGAAGAGUUCAAUCAAUGCCAGAGUCAGCUCAAAGUGCUUUACGAAGACUUGGAUAGUGUCAAUAGACGUGAAUUUACGGCAUAUUUAAUUCUGUACUAUAUUUAUAUGCAAAAUAAGUCAGAUUUGCAAAUAUUGGUUCGGAAGCUGUCGAAAGACGAUCUGAACGAUGAGGUAAUAUCUCAUGCACUCCGAGUCCGCAGUGCAUGGAAUUUAAGUAAUUAUCAUAAGCUUUUGAGUCAAUACCAAUGCGCGCCUAAAAUGUCCGCAUAUCUAAUGGAUUGGUUCGCAUUAAGACAACGCAAACAAGCGUUUAAAGCGAUCGUAAAAUCAUAUCGGCCCACAAUUCCCGUCUCGUUCUUAAUACAAGAGUUAUGUUUUGCGAAUAGAGACGAAUGCAUCGAUUUCUUAUCGCUAUUCGAAAUUAAAAUUGCAAACGAUUCCCUCAUUGAUUGCAAGGCCGCGCAAAACGCUAUCUUUCAGACACCCGACUCAUGA